GUAAACUGUCUCACUUUACCCCAUAACAUUUGUCUCACUUUACCCCACAGCCACUAUUUUAGAAAAAACAACAUAUCUUAGCCAUUCAGGCUAAUCUUCAGCUCGCAUCAAUCACAUGGUUGUAUAUGUUAGAGGUUCAUCGACAUGUAUGAUAUAUGGUUUUCUACCUAAAUCAAUUUGUUUUGACACAAAAGUUGAUUUAGUUCACAGCAGGAACAUUUACUUUUACAUGCAAAAAACGAAUUUUUGUGAAAAAACAUACUUAACACAGCACCAGCACCACUUCUUUUUCAUGGCAAGGGGGGAAUGGGAGGGGCUUGAAAACAUAAUUCUCACAUUACCACAAAUGGGUUCCUUUGCCUAGAUACAGGGGGUGUCUCACAUUACCCGGUCUCACAUUACCCCACUCUCCCCUACUACUCUAGUAUACUCCAGUACUAGUCUAUACUCCUCUAGUAUACUUCACUGUACUCCAAUACUAGUACUCCUCUAGUAUACUUCACUGUACUCCAAUACUAGUCUAGUACUCCUCUAGUAUACUUCACUAUACUCCAAUACUAGUCUAGUUCUCCUCUAGUAUACUUCACUGUACUCCAAUACUAGUACUCCUCUAGUAUACUUCACUGUACUCCAAUACUAGUCUAGUACUCCUCUAGUAUACUUCACUAUACUCCAAUACUAGUCUAGUACUCCUCUAGUAUACUUCACUGUACUCCAAUACUAGUACUCCUCUAGUAUACUUCACUGUACUCCAAUACUAGUCUAGUACUCCUCUAGUAUACUUCACUGUACUCCAAUACUAGUCUAGUUCUCCUCUAGUAUACUUCACUGUCCUCCAGUGCUCCUCCAGACCUCCUGCCCUCCUCCAGCCGCAGCCCGGGCCGUGAAGCGGACCGGAUGAGACAGUAAAGGUAGCUUCUGGUUACAAACUUUGGACCAAUCAGAGCGCUCCCCUGUCUUCCUGCAGCCGGAGCAGCGCGAGUUGAGCCCGGCGCCGCUUCACGGGAAGAGCCGCCGAGCCGUCCCGAAGAGCCGCCGAGCCGCCCCGAAGAGCCGCCCGCGGCCCCGCUAUACGUCCCACGGCCCCGCGACGCGUCCCGGGCCCUGAACCCCCCGAGGGAUGACCAUGUUGGGCAUGUACGUGCCGGACAGAUUCUCCCUGAAGGCGUCUCAGGUCCAGGAUGGAGUCGGUCUGUACACGGCGCGGCGGGUGAAGAAGGGAGAGAAGUUCGGCCCGUUCGCCGGUGAGAAGAAGCUCCCGGUGGAGCUGGAGGAGAGCUCGGACACCCGACUCAUGUGGGAGGUCCGCGGCAGCAAAGGAGACGUGCUCUACAUCCUGGACGCCAGUAACCCGCGGCACGCCAACUGGCUGCGCUUCGUCCACCAGGCGCCGGCGGCAGAGCAGAAGAACCUGGCGGCCAUUCAGGACGGAGAGAACAUCUUCUACCUGGCCGUGGACGACAUCGACACGGACACGGAGCUCCUGAUUGGCUACCUGGACAGUGACAUGGAGGAAGAGGAGGAGGUCGUCAGAGACGACGAAGAGAUGAAGAGUAAAGAAGCCAAACGCCUCGUUGAAAUGGACCUCAUCAAGAAGGAGGACCACCCCUGCCUGCUGUGUGAGAGCAGCUUCCCCAGCGAGGCGGUUCUGGCCUCUCACCUCCAGAGCCUUCACCGCCGGGCCGGCGCCGAGGAGAAGGACUUCAGGUGCAGGAGCUGCGGCAAGCGGUUCCCCAUCAGGCAGGCCCUGCAGCGCCAUAUGCUGCACUGCUCCGAGUCUCCGGACCAAUCAGGCGACUCCAAAGCUCACCGGUGUUCCUGCUGCCACAACACGUUCAGCUCCAUAUCCAGCUAUGAGCAGCACAAGGAGGCGAUGAGAGACGCUUGCCCACUUUCAUAUUUUCUUCUUCCUCCUUUUCUUCUUCCUCCUCCUCCUCCUCCUCCUCCUGCAGGUUCAGGUCAUCUUCUUCUCACAUGUUGUCUUCCUCUGUCCUCAGGCAGUGCACGGAGGAAGCUCACCUGCACCAUCUGCAACCGCAAGUGUUCCUCGUCUCUGAACCUCCAGGAGCACAGAAAGGUUCAUGAAGUGCUGGACUGCCACGCGUGCGACAAGAAGUUCAUCUCCACCAACCAGCUGAAGCGUCACAUGAUCACACACUCUGAGAAGCGGCCGUACACCUGUGAGAUCUGCAGCCGCUCCUUCAAGCGCCUGGACCAGGUGACGGCUCACAAGGUGAUCCACAGCGAGGACAAGCCCUACAGGUGUAAGCUGUGUGGCAAAGAGUUCGCCCACCGCAACGUCUACAAGAACCACAAGAAGACCCACUCUGAGGAACGGCCCUUCCAGUGUGACGAGUGCAAGGCGUUGUUCCGCACGCCGUUCUCUCUGCAGCGCCACCUGCUGAUCCACAACAGUGAGCGGACCUUUAAGUGCGACCAGUGCGACGCCACCUUCAAGAGGAAGGACACGCUCAACGUGCACAUCCAGGUGGUGCACGACGGACACAAGAAGUACAAGUGUGACCUGUGUGAAAAGGCCUUCGUCACGCCGUCCGUGCUCAAGAGCCACAAGAAGACGCACACGGGAGAAAAAGAGAAGAUCUGUCCGUACUGCGGACAGAAGUUUGCCAGCAACGGAACGUUGAGGGUUCACAUCCGCAGCCACACAGGUGAGCGGCCCUACCAGUGCCCCUACUGCGACAAAGCCUUCAGCAAGAACGACGGCCUGAAGAUGCACAUCCGCACACACACACGGGAGAAGCCGUAUAAAUGCAGCGAGUGCAACAAAGCCUUCAGCCAGAAGCGAGGGCUGGACGAGCACAUGAGGACCCACACGGGGGAGAAGCCCUUCCAGUGCGACGUGUGCGACCUGUCGUUCAGCUUGAAGAAGAUGCUCAGCAGACACAAGCUGACGCACAACCCCAACCGGCCCAUGGCGGAGUGCCAGCUGUGCCACAAGAAGUUCACCAGGAACGACUACCUCAAGGUGCACCUGGAGAACGUCCACGGGGAGACGGAGGGCUGAGGCCCCGUAUAUGAUCACUCCGUCAGAGCCCGGAUGGAGCGGUAGCAGCAGCGUUGCUCCUGAAGGGUAGAAACAUGGCCGCCUCGGGCCUCCGUCCCGUCGUUGUGCUUUGAAGUCGCCGCUCGCCUCCGUGACUCCUAACCGGCGAGUGGCUCCGCCUCCAGGCUCUUCCUUAGCUGUAUGUGGGCGUGUUUACAGACGUGUUGACCCCGUUGAGCCACAGAGCAACGGCAGCAGCAUGACGACACGCGCCGAACCAGAGUUUAAAACACGCUUCGUGUUCCAGCCGCCGUGACGAUGCGUUACCGUGAACCUCCACCGGGGGGAGUGGAGGAUUCUUCAAGUCACGACCUUCACCACGGGGCCCGAUGUCUGUGUCUCCAACCAAAAGUUAACCUUGAAUUUACGCUUGUUACGUGACGUUAUGCUACAAAGUAGCUAUUUAUUUAUGCUAGUCACGUCGUUCCGAUGUUACGUUUCCGAUGUUACGAUACAUUGUUACGAUACAAUGUUACGAUACAAUGUUACGAUACAAUGUUACGGUACGAUGUUACGGUACGAUGUUACGUGACAAUGUUACGAUAUGAUGUUAUGAUACAAUGUUGCAAUAAGGUGUUGCGAUGUUCCGUUACCAUGUUACGUUACCACGUUAUGUUACUAUGCUACGUCAAAACGUUAUGUUACUGGGUUACGUUAAGAUGUUACCGUAACAUCUUACGUUAGCAUGUUACAUUACCAUGUUACAUUAGCAUGUUAUGUUACUAUGCUACGUCAAAAUGUUAUGUUACUGGGUUACGUUAGCAUGUUACGUUAGCAUGUUAUGUUACCAUGCUACGUCAACAUGUUAAGUUGUUAGCAUACAUUGUUAUGUUAUUAUUUUAGAACAAACCACCAUCUUUUUUUGGAAGCUGCACCGCGUGGUUCACGGUGUUUCUUGACGUGGCGCUGCAGCGCGAGGUGGAUCCCCGUGAGCGUUCCUGUGUGCAGUCUGUUGACCUCUGUGUUGACCUCUGUGAUGACCUCUGUGUUGACCUCUGUGUUGACCUCUGUGUUGACCUCUGUGUUGACCUCUGUGAUGACCUCUGUGUUGACCUCUGUGUUGACCUCUGUGAUGACCUCUGUGUUGACCUCUGUGAUGACCUCUGUGUUGACCUCUGUGAUGACCUCUGUGUUGACCUCUGUGUUGACCUCUGUGUUGACCUCUGUGAUGACCUCUGUGUUGACCUCUGUGAUGACCUCUGUGUUGACCUCUGUGUUGACCUCUGUGAUGUACCUGUUGGUUCUGGUGUUUAGCGUGUCCUCCGUUGUUCAAUACAGCUUCUCGUGUCCUUCA